AUGACGCGUCGUGACGAGAUUGUUGCCGAUGAGCAGGAGACCAGAGCUGCUCUAGGUCAACAACAGGGCGCGUCUCUCGCCUUUCAGCGGUCCGUCGCUGCGCUUGUCAGUUCCGAGGAGGAGGGGCGUGAGUCUAUAGGAGGCACCGAGGCGAGUGAGUUUGGGGCGCUGCAGGUGCAGACUGGCAAGGCGGCGGAGAAAGCCCUGCUGGCGCAGGAGGAGCGGGAGGCGGUGGAGCGGGAGGCGCAGCAGACGCAGCGCAGGCAGGACGCCCAGCAGUUGAUUAAGAGCGUCGUGUUCGCCUACAGGAUUCGACGACGCUUGGCAAACCGCCUCCUCAACCGAAAGGCGCAGGAGUGCAAGAAUGCCUUUGCGGACACGCUUCGCAUGGAGUUCAGCGCGCGCAGCGCCAUUGGCGAGGAGGAGAUGUCGGAGCGGCAGCAGCUCGACGAGGCCAAGCACUCGCUGUUGUCCCUCGCGGCGCAGUCGACUGUGCGGACGACCGCGGAGUUGGAGAAGGAGGAGGACGACGUCCGGCAUCAGCUCAUUGACGACUUUAUGUUUCACCUUAGCCAGCUGCAGCGGGCCUCGCGGAAGGCGCAGGCGAGACAGCACGAUUUCAUGCCCUCGCUCAAGCAGCUGCAGGAAUUCGAGGCGAAGGAGGACCGGAUCCACGCAAAUAAAACGUCUCCCAUCGCCGCAAAGCUAAACUUGCCCCUGAGCGACACCGACGAGGCCGUCGAGGAGGAGGAGGAGGCCGAGGACGAGGCCGCGCCGCUGAACACGGGGAAGUACAAGGGCUACGCGUUGGACUCCAUUGGAACCUUCCUGCUGCAGUACGAGCGGGACCUCCGCCGCUUUAGGGCCUCGCUGGAGAAGAACAGACUGGCGGUCGCUGCGGAGCACGACCUGCUGAAGAAGUCCCGCGACAACGCCACGCAGGACAUGGUGCACGGGGGAACGGAGGCCCUGUGGAUCCCGACGAGGCCGCUCCCGCUGUCGGAUCUUGUGCGUGGACCCUCCGCCCAGUACCGCCGCGGCCGCAUCGUGGACGCACGCGGGAAGUCCCCCGCGCCACGCCUGACGGACUCCGACGGACGCGCCACGACGCCCAUCGAUGCCCCUUCCUUCGAGGGCUCGGUGAAGCCGCGGAGCCCCUUUUGA